AUGGAACUCCCAGACUGGUACUAUCGAGUGUCGGUCACCUGCGACCUAGAGGACCGGGAGGUUAGAGGAAGUGACUUUGACGAGGACAUCUCAGAACUGGGAGAGGGUGAGGGCGACAGCGAAGGUAGUGGCUCAGACGCUGCAUGCGAAGGUGACGGUGAGGAUGGAUGCGAAUGCGGCAGUGAGGAUGAAUGCGAAUGCGACUCCUGGGAGGAUGACGACGAGGAAUCGGAACUUUCAUAUACAGGAAGCGAUGCCUAUAACUACUAUGACUUAAAGCGCCAACGCAUAGCCCGGAAGAUACGCUUACUAGACGAAGAGGAACAAGUGCCGGAAAACCCAAUAGUCUACCCAGCCUAUGAGGCUAUUCUAAAGGCCCAGAACGAGCGAGGCUGCCCUGAGAAUGAAGACCGGGCGGAAGAGGCUCGUGGCGAACAGGAAGUCUACGCAGCCUAUGAGGCUAUGCUGGAAGCCCAGGAAAGGGGAGACUGCCCUAAGCUAAAACCCAUCUUUAACCAGAUGUUUACGCUAUAUUCCGUCGAUUUUCACGACUAUUGUUCCCAUGAGUGGUUCUUCAGGACGCCAUACGUCGAGUUCAGUGCUCUCUGCUGGGACCCGGACGAUGUAAUAGAUCCAGAGGAGACCAUGGCUUAUGGCCACAUAUACUUGGAUUCUGAUUCUGUCAGCGAAUUUGCAGCCUUUUGGCCUCCAAGAAGGGCUGGCCAGUUAAUGAUACCAUUAUCUAAUGGACCGGAGGAAUGCAACCCCAUCAUUCAAUUCAUUAGUGAUGAAUACUUGAUCAUGACCGUUAGAACUGAUUUGGACAUCGUCGCAAAUCGCAUUCGCAUUCGCAACCCCGAGGCCACAAAUAUACCUGAUGUCUUUCACUUUGUGGGCAUUAGGGACGGCCAAUACGACAAAUGUGACUCUGACGCAUAUGAAUUUGACUCAUAG